CCGUACAAAUGGAUACGUCAAGAGAUCGAACAAUCCCACCCGUACGCAGAAUAUGAGAAGAUCUUUCGCCUUUCCAUGGAAUAUGCCGGCGACUCAGCCUUCAUGAACAACAUGAUGUACGCGCUCACCUUCUCAAAUUUCAUCCCAAAUGAGUGGGGCUCCGCAGUAGUCUGGCGUGACGACGGAGGCAGAGUACUACACAGCCCGACCGAUCGAAUGUACGAGACCUUGCUGCACAAUUCAAUAUGGUGGUUUUACGGCCCUCGUCACCCGAAACCUCUCGAGUCCAUCGCCAUAAUCAACAAACGGCAUCAGUACCGCGCCAAACAGCAUCCCGAUGCCUAUUCACAUCCGAUCGACUACACAUAUGUUCUGUGCUUCUCCGCCACACUCAUGCACCGCUUCCGCCUGCGCCUCAGACUGGCCGGAUUCACUCCCAAGCAGAAGAUCGCCGCCCAUCUCUGCCUCCGCGAGUUUGCGCACCUUUUCCUCGUCGAGCGAGCCGGGCAGCCGUCGGCACCAUGGGCUCCUCUCUCCACCAUGGCCAAUUCUCCAGCCGACUUCGACGGCCUGAUGGCCUUUUGCGAGGACGUCGAAAACAACCACAUGUACGUCACCGAUGCGGGCCACAUGGUUGCCGAAGCCCUGUUCGACCACUUUGCGUACUCGCACUUCCCGCCUUUUCUGCGCCAUUUCGGGCGCGCGAUCCCGAUUGUGCUGUCGCUGCCGCAGAUGCUGCGCGCGCACCGCAUCAAGCCCGUCAAUCCUGUGCUGGCGUGGCUCAUCAUCUCCGCCGUCGGAGGCUUCAUUUGGUUCGCCGAGACGUUUUUGCCGGAUCCA